AUGGGGAAUUCUUCAUCAUCAAUCACAGAGGGAUCCAUCCAUGAUUUCGUUGUCAAGGACACUAAAGGUCAAGACGUCAGCCUCGAUAUAUAUAAGGGGAAAGUGUUGCUUAUUGUCAAUGUCACCUCCCAAUGUAGGUGCACAAACUCGAAUUUCACCGAGUUAGCUGGGCUUUACACUCAAUUCAAGGCUAAAGGUUUGGAGAUAUUGGCAUUUCCAUGCGACCAGUUCUCGAAGAAGGAACCGGGAUCAAGCCAAGACGAAGAGCAAUUCGCAUGCACAAGAUUCAACGCCGAGUUUCCCAUAUUUCACAAGGUGAAAGUGAAUGGAGCAAAUGCAGCACCAGUUUACAAGUUCCUGAAAUCAAAUAAAAAAGGGCAUUUUGGGGGUAGCAUCAAAUGGAAUUUCACCAAGUUUCUUGUUGACAGAGAUGGACAUGUCAUCAAUCGUUAUGGAACAACAACCUCCCCAGCGGCUAUCGCGGUCUCUCUCUCUCCCCCCCGUGCGCACACACCCCUCUUUCCCUUACUGAUACUGCCAAUUUCUGUGUUGCAUUGCAGGGUGACAUACAAAAGGCUUUGGAACUUGAUCGUAUCCACAAAUGUCGUUGAGGCAAGGCGGGCAAACUUCAUGCUGCAUCAUCAACGGGGAAGCAUUUAGGUGCAAGAUGUAAAACCUUGAGGGACUGGAACUCUACCAUUUUGCCUUUCUUGAUAUUUCUACUUGAGAUAAUAUUGGCCUUGGCGGCAUGUUGUUGUAUAGGUCUAUGAUGACUCUGUACUUUGUUUUUCCGAUUAAUUCUGAAGCCGAUAAAUGAAUCUAGAAACCUU